UGAACCGCGAACGGUGGACUAUCGACUUGUACCACAGCUGCAACGACGCCGGGAAACAUUAUUCUACGUUUUAAAUAACCUGUCUCUGAAAUCGCGCGACAUCGCUGCUCCUCUGUGCAACAAUGCCUUUACCGACCGAUGUGCGGCUCUCACUCCAAGGGCCGUCGCAGCCCAAUGACUCUGGACCCUCCAAACCGCGGAAGGUGAUGAUAGUGAGGAUGUCUUCAGAGACUCUCAACUCUCUCUCGCCCGAGGACCUCAAUAAUCCUCAAAUGACUUUCCAGUUCAAGCCAGGCAAUAUGGGCAUUCGCGUCAAGGACUCCUUCUACUCCAUGAUUCCGCAGGACGCCGAGCGCGGCACCGAGCUCUACUUGCGCGCGCCGACCGCGAGCAAGCCCAACACCCCGCUGAGGCUGUUUGGGAACGUCAUCGGGAAGUUCAUGGUCGAGCGCGACCUGGCUAAGGUCGCGGAGCAGCUGCGCGACAAGACCGCCGCGGCGGAGAAGCAGCGCUCGGGACGUCAGACCGUCGUCCUCGACUCCAUCCCCGACGCUGCUAACGGCGGGAAGCGCAAGCCCGCGCCGCCGGCGCGGAGGUCCGGUGCGCCAUCUGCCUCAGCGAGUGGUGCGGCGUCUCCCGCGCCCCGAUUCUCGCAGGAGACGCUGGAGGGGUGGAGGACGCAGAUGGUGCGGUGCUUGGCGACGGAGCCUAGGCAAGCAGAUGAAGUCCUGAAGCUGGUCGGGGGCCCGCAGGCUGGACCUCCUGCCCGGCAGGCCCUCCGCGAGAUACUGGUGCAGAUCGCGGACCCGCAGAAAACUGGUACCAGUUCGAGGGAUGGACCGAAGUACGAACUGAAGAAAAAGUCGUGGCUCGAGGUCCGGCCGCACGACUACCCCGGGCUUAGCUCCCAUGCACGUCAAGCGAUGCUCGACAAAGCUCGCGCAGCGUUCCUCGACCUCAAAAUACCGGACUCCGACCCUGCGUGGACGCACAUUCGACCGCGGCCGACGGGCGUCCCCCACCUGCCUGAGCCUUCCAUAUCCACUCCUCCGGUGUCGACGAGCCGUGCGCCGUCAGGGACCAACACGCCCACGCAGGCGUCCGUGCAGAAGAAGCCGGCAACGAAAAAGAAGGCGGAGGGAUCGGGGACGGGGACGACGGUGAAGACACGCAUGGUGAAGGUCGAGAUCCAGGCGAAGGACGAGGGGAGCCGUGCGCCCGCGAGACCCCCACCGUCGACACUUCCUCCUUCUAGAAAAGCACCUUCUCCGCUUCCUCCGGCGAAGAAGGCCCCAUCGCCCUUGCCUCCUCCUAAGCCAGCGCCCUCGCCCAUCCCCAGGAAACCGUCCCCCCUUCCACCACGGAAGACGCCCGGCUCGGGCUUCCGCGCGUCGGAGACGCCACAGGAGGAGCGGAGGCGCACGGGCCCGGUGGAUGCAAGGAGCGACAGGCGCAGGGAGCCGCCCGCGCCUUCUGGGCCUGCGAGGCCCGCCCCGCCAAUUGCGCCGCCCCCGGCCACGGUGAAGAAGGAGGCGGGGUCGAUUAAGCGGCCAAAGACGGCUGCGAAUGCGGACAAAGGGAAGGGACGGGAGGUGGAUGAGGGUCCUAGUAGGGUGAAGAGGCAGGGUGAGGAUGGCGCCGGUAGGGCGAGGAGGGAGGAGCCCGCUGGGAAUGGGACCCUUAAGAGGAAGAAGCGCCCUGUGAAGGAGGAGGAAGAGGAGGAAGAGGGCGAGUACGAGGAGUAUGCGCCGGAGCCGGUUGAGCGGAUUCCCAAGAAGCGGAAGACGGAAGAGGGGGUACGGCGCGAGGUCGAUCGGGAACGCGAGCGGGAACGGGAACGUGACCGGCAGUCUCUCUCCGCGAAGAAGGCCGUGAGGAGGGAGCGCGAGGCGGGGCGCGCGCAGAGGGAACGCGACACCUCGCCGCGGCCUGUCAAGAGGGUCAAGCGCGAGGAACACAGUCCCUCCGUAUCGCGCAGCGACUCUAGGUCGGCGCACCCCGACGGACUGAGCAGGCAAAGGUCUCGCCGCCGCUCCCCGAUCUACACCUCGUCCGACGACGAGGAAGACUCCACGCCAUCGCGCAAACGGGGGCGGGAGGCCUCUUCGCCCCCCACGAGCAUCGACUCGCACCCGACCCCGAAGGAUCGCCCAGGCAUGCGCGACCGGUAUAUGGACGUGUGGAUAGAGUGUUCCAUGGCCCAGAACGAGCUCGCAGACACUAAGCGCAAGCUGAAGAGAAAGAUAGACCAGAUGGACGAGGAGGGGGUAUCCACGAUUAGUCUCUCGGAUGACGAGUUGCCUGACCUGAAGAGCCUGGAGAGGACCAAGCGGCGGGUAGACGCGGCGCAGCAGGAGUUGAUGAAGAUCCUGGAAGCAUAUGAACGGAGCAAGCAGUAG